AUGGCUCUCUCGGUGCUGUACUUGCAGCAGAGGCGCACGAGGCUGAUCUUCAUUGCGAUCCUCAUCACCAUUGCCAUUACCUACUUUAGUUUUGAACGGGAGCUGCAAUGGCAGGAGCGUCCGGUAGCGGUCCACGAUGGCAAUGUGUCUCCCCUCGACGUGGCUGGCGUCUCCGACAUAUAUCAACCGCCGAAUGAGAAAGAAAAGGAGUCUGCCGACGACUCUGGCACGCCUAGUGGGGAGAAAUUGCCUUCCACCAGCCCGGCUGCUGCAUCAGACGGCUCUUCUUCCUCGAGUGACGAUUCCAAUAGCGACGCUGAUUAUGACUAUGAGCGACCGACAUCUGCCAGCGAAGCCGGGUACCCUGUGCCCCAAAACGGCGGAUCCGUUUUGCCUUCCCCUUCUCCGUCGAUUGAGUGCAUGAGUUUCGAGCAAUACCAAUACAAACGGCCAGAGCCAUUCUCAAAGGGCUUUCGACAGUUCCCUUUCGUGCGACCACCGCUAGAAUGCCGGACAUUCACCGUUCCAGCCGUGGAGAAUUAUAUCAAGAGGAUGGAGAAGGUGAUCAAGGAUCCAGACUUGUAUCGACUUUUCGAGAACAGCUACCCGAAUACGCUGGACACGAUGAUAAAAUGGCACGGGUUUGCUAACAGGACAGUGAAUGAGACUUCAGGAGAAUCAGUCGUGACGGACGAGGAGCUUACAUAUGUGAUCACUGGUGAUAUUGACGCGAUGUGGCUUCGCGAUUCCGCCAGCCAAGUAUACUCAUACUUAUCUUUCCUGGAGCCGUCGACAGAGUCUGACUCCCUCGCGAGUCUGUGGCGAGGGUUGAUCAACGCGCACUCGCGGUAUAUCAUUAUAUCCCCUUACUGCCACAGCUUCCAACCGCCACCGGAAUCUGGGAUCCCUCCCACACAUAAUGGAGCGUAUUCGCAGAACAAUCCGAAUCCUCCUUAUAAUCCCGCAUUGGUCUUUGACUGUAAGUGGGAACUGGACAGUCUCGCCAGCUUCCUUCAAGUGAGCGUUGGAUACUACGUGAAGACCGGAGACCUGAAGUUCUUCAGCAAGUACAACUGGGUCGAAGCAGUGCAGGCGGCGGUAGAAGCUGCUGGCGCUAUGCGUCUCGGAACGUACGACAAGGACGGAAAGGUGCUGCCGUCCGCUUGGACGUUCACGGGCUGGACGAACCGAGGCUCCGAAACUUUGACCAACGAUGGAUUGGGGAACCCAGUUCAGGAGAAUGGCAUGGUGAGGACAGCAUUCCGGCCGUCUGAUGACGCCACCAUCUUCCAGCUGCUCACGCCGGCCAACAUGAUGUGGGCCAAGUAUCUGGAGGAAGCCUCACUUAUCAUGGAGCAGCUGGACGACGACCGCGCGGCUAACUUAACGAAAGCGAUGCGCUCAUUUGCCUUUGGCAUCCGCGAGGGCAUCGAUCGAGACGCUGUGGUGCACCACCGCGACUUCGGGGACAUCUUUGCAUACGAGUGUGACGGCUUCGGCGGCGUAAACCUGAUGGACGACUCCAACGUGCCGAGUCUGUUGGCCAUGCCGCUGUUCAACUACAGCGAGUCAUCGUUCCCACUGCCAGAGAACGUCACGAAGCGCGACUAUGCGCGCAUCUACCAGAACACGCGACACUUUGUGCAGAGCGCCGCGAACCCCUAUUUCGCCCGAGGACCCGUGAUCUCCGCCGUCGGUGGCCCGCAUCUCGGCCCAGGCAAGGCGUGGCCGAUGGCUGCAAUUGUGGCCGGGAUGACUGCGCUGGAGGAGGACUACACGUUCCUGAGCGAUGAGCAGGCGCGUGAGGAGGUGGCGGAGCAGCUGCUCAUGGUAUUAAACUCGACGAGUGGCACGGGAGUUGUCCAUGAGAGCGUCAAUAGCUGGAACGACCGAGACUUCUCACGAUCAUGGUUCGGGUGGGCCAACGGCCUCUUUGGAGAGCUCAUACUCAAGAUAGAGCAGCAUGAUAAGAUUGGCGGGAGCGGGACGGGAGGACUGUUGGACAGAAGUUGGCAAUGA